AUGGGCAAAGGGCCAUUGGAGCGAAAGCUCCAGUUCGAGAAAAAGAAUAAAGAUCUCGUCAAACUCCCAAACUACGCGAAAGUGGAAAAACGCCCUAUACCCCAUCCUCCAGUCGCCUCUCCAUAUGCAAAUGCCACACUCCCAAAGGUUGUCUACGUAUCCUCCGGUACACCUUUCAUGAGCGCUGUGAAGCGUGUCCAGAAACUUCUUCGUCAAGCUGAGAAGCGCGCUACAGCAAAUAUCAACCUUGAAGAUACCCGGAAAACUGAAAAACAGAAACUUGCAGAGCUGUCUAAAGCUGCGGAUAAGCGGGAAGAUGUUUUUUUGAAAGCUACCGGGCGCGCGAUUGAAAAGGCGCUCAAAGUGGGGAAAUGGUUUGAGGAAAAGGAAACUGAAUAUUCCGUCAAGGUUAAUACCGGGAGCGUGUUGGUGGUUGAUGAUAUUGUUGAGGAUGAGGAUAGGAAAGAAAAGGAGACAGAGAAGAAGCAGACUCAAGAGGGACAACAGCAAAUACCCGAGGAUGAUUCGGUAUCCGACAAAGCAGACUCGACGAACAAGAAAGCAGCGGCUAAGAAACGAAAGCGUGAAGCUCCCGCUGAGUCUGAGGAGGCAGAACUUCCUGAGACGCGGACUCGAUGGAUUAAAAUGGUCGAGAUUGCUGUGUGUCUUAAGUGA